AUGUCGCACUACAACACCGGGAUUGAGAAUAUCCCGUCGCUGUUUGACCUGGCGAGCGCCAUGACCGGCUUCAUCUCGGACUUCGCGCAGCUCGUGUUGGGUUCCACGCAGACCUCUUUCAAGGCGGCUGCGCUGGAGGAUGAUGACCCUGGCAGGUAUGACCCGGCGACGCGGAGUUGGGAAGGAACCGAUGGGAUGCACUACCGCGUCCCACUUUACCCCAUCCCUAGCGAGCGUCACACGCGUGAUAAGACACGGAACAUCAAAGUACUCAUGGAUAACUGCCGCCAACUUUGUGUUAAUGAUGAGUUACCCAGUACGAAAGAGGAGAUGCAAUUCUGGACGGCGUAUCGGUUCAUGAAGUAUCAGAUGUACUUGGCACCUACUUGUAUCAUCAUGCCGCCUCUGUACAUAAUGUGGCGGAUGUUCCAUGACCGCAUCCCUCGUCCAAUGCGGGGUCGAACAAUUCCCAUCACUCUCUCGCUUGCUCUAGCAGAGCAGUGGGCAGAGGCGACCUACCCAGGACAUCAGCUCCUGUCAACGGCUCUGAGGGCAAAAACACCAAUGGGUGAUGCCGCAAGAGCAGAAUGGCUGCGGCUUCAGCCCAUUGACAUGCCUUUUUACAUCUACACCGCUUACCAGUUCCAGCAUUUUUUUGGGAACACACCAGUGGAGCUCCAGUUUGGUGGAGACGUCGCUUCGCUUUGCAAUUAG